AUGAAUCAAGCACAGGUUUCUGAACCCAAGGUAGGACAAUUUGUAUUAGCUAAUUAUCAAAAGAUACAUAAUAUCAGAGCACCGGUCAACAAGUGAAGUAAGAAUUAAUGAAUCAUGAGGUAGAUGGUUAGCUGAGAUAAGGGUGUUGUGUCUCCUUCAAAACUUGUAUUCUCAUGCGGCAAAAAGACAUAAAAAAGAAAGGGCUAUUGAACUAUAAGAAAAUAAUAACAAUAAAAGUUAUACAAUACUAUGACAAGAUCACAUCUUAUUUUAAAAUAUUCACGAAAAAAAAACGGGACUGUACCAAGGAAACAAGAUCUGAUAAUCGAAAAGUGCAGAUAAUCGAGGUUCGACCGACUGCAAAAAAAAAGGAAAUGAUAUGAAAAGGCAUGAAAUAACAUAAGAUGAAAAGUAGGGAGAUGGAUGGCCUAAUACACCUGAACUUCGGUAAAUAAUUGUUAGCUAAUGCUAAUUCCUCUAUUUUUAUUUAUUCUUUUUUACCAUUAUAAUUGUAAUUAUUAAGGCUAAAACGUUUGACGUUGAUGUUAAACAACAAAUGGAUCCGGCACAGGUCUCAAGCAAUAAGGUAAGAUAUAUUAUUUAUAGACUAAUUUUAACCCAAAAAAAGACUUGAAAAGAACGAACAGAAGAAGUGAAAACUCAUGCAGCGACAGUUCGAGUAGAUGGAUACUUAGCUGAAAUAGGAGGGCCGCGCACCUCAUUUUCUACAGUAGGAGACUUACCUUCUGAGGCAGAAAAACAUAGUAAACCGAAAGGAAUGAAUAAAGAAAUAUCAAUUAAAUAGAAAAAGAGAGAUACCUGGGCUAAGGGAUCGUGAAACAGAAAUAAUCAGUUAUACAUCUAGCCGAUUUUUUGAAAACCAACCGAACGAACUUGUUGCAGUCAAAGGCGUCAAAAGGCAUGUUUCUUAAGCCCGAGAAGCUCCAAAAUCACAGUAACGAAGAAAAAGGAAAGGAGGAAAAGCAGGAGCGAGGAGAAGGAAAGGAAAAGAACGAAAAAAAAGCAAUAGUUGCUUUCUUAGUUUUCAUAAUAACUACUUUGGAGUUAGUUUUUGGCCAAAAAACACUGUCUGAUGUAAAAGGUCCACUUGGCGAUAAUGUUUUCAAAAAUUCGGCUAAGCAUAUAAGGCAAACAAGAGAGAAUGAGCCAGAACCAAGAAUAGAUUUCAAAGGUGAGGAGGGUGUUGUAUAGCAGAGGCCCACCAUCAGUCGCUAUCUUAGCUCAUCCGCUCCGUUGGCAAACUCUGCCGGGGGAUCGAUCGUGUUUGACAGAGGGCAGAUUGACACACAAUAAUGAAGUCGAUGCAAAAAAAUGACUGAUAAGCCGCAAUAAAUGUAUUCUCGGACACCACGUACAUUAGAUUAUAAUUGCUGUAGCUCUAGUCCCAGUAUAGUUACAGGCAUUAUUUGUUUAUGCUAUUUAAAGGAAAAACCAUGCCAAGAAAAUGCCAGCAACUUGAAACCGAGAUCUUGCGUAGACCACCUAAAGAAUGGCGCAGACAAGUGCGGCUACUACAAGAUUUACGAUGCUGCAGGGAAUGGAUUCAUUGUGUACUGUGACAUGGAAACAGAACCUGGUGCGGCCUGGACACUUAUCGUGUCUUGGAGUCUGAAAAACAACCAUUUCGCGAAUUUUAGGUACUGUUACCAAUGGAUUAAAACCGUUUGUCGUCCGCCAGAAAGAAUUUCGCCGUUUCUGAUGGCUCUAAUCCCAUGGCUAGUGUUACUUGGAAGAAGUUUCAUUGAUGCUCAAAACAUUACACUCGAUGACGAUCGUUUUGUUUUCGACAAAAAGGGAUGCACAGACCUCAUCCAAAGAAUCGGGGUGGUGAGUCAGCUAUUUUGGCAGUGCAGAGCUAGAGAAAAUUACGGAAACCUUUUUAAUAAAAUCGCCUUGUGCGAAGAAAAAAUAGCCAAACUACUGCCUCAAAAACGUAGUAAGAAGAGACAAAAAUCAACCCACGGAUGACAAAACUAUGAUUUGUUUAAUUCUCUUCGCCUUGUAAAGUUUGUGCAUUCCCUAAUUUGAUAGCCUGAUACACAGCCGUUUUAGUGUCGUUGACGCAACGCUCCGACGAAACUAAAAACGGCUGUGUAGAAGACUACUAAUUUGACUGAUUAUUUUGUUAACACCCAAAUUUGGCUGUUUCUUGGUGUUGAGGAAACUAUUGUUGGUUAUCUAUUGCGUUGUGGGUAUUAUUUAUUGUCUUUACAAUCUUUUGUAUAACGUCAUUUGGUGACUGCACCAAGUAAUACCCCAAAAUUUGGAUAUGAGAUGUAACUUUGCUUGAAUUUGUUCUCAUUGUCGACAGGGUAACACCCUUGUCAAUCAACAACCCAGUGAACGAAAACUCGCCUAACUGGUUCCUCUACCGGCUAACAAAGGACAGAAUGAAGUCACUAAGGGAUGUGUCCACCCACUGGCGAGCCACGUGCAGUUAUGACAAGUACGGUAUCAAUAACUACAAAGAUUACAUCCGUGGAAAGUUUGCAGAAGCCGACAUCUUUGCCUUUCUUGGUCAAGCUGUUUGCCUUAAGACCGAGCUUGUCAACAUUCGCGGUCAUACCGGAAUACACAAGACUGCCAGGUUCUGGCAGGUUGCCGGUAGUUACCCUGCUCAUAUCGACAGUACUGUAAAGGGUUGCCAGUUUGAUCCCACCGUUGGGGCAGCGAGCAGUGAGGACAACUUUGGUUAUUACGGCAGUGCAAACCCCAAGUUUACUUGUACAAUGAAUGGCGACUCUACCACGCAGUGGUGGUUCGGUAGCUAUCAGUAG